CCGUGCUGUGCCGUGCCGUGCCGUGCCGUGCUGCGGCACCCACCGCCCCGCUCCGGCAUGUGGCUGCUCCUCAUCCUGCUGCAGGCUGCGGUCCUGCCUGCCCAGCUCUGCGAAGCCCCGGGGGAGGCAGCAGCGGUGCGGGCGCUGAGCGCCCGGCUGCUGGGGCUGGCGGCGGACCCGGCACGGGACCCCGACCCCAGCGUCUACCUGGCCCUUCGCCUGGCUGGCGACCACGACCUGUGUGGGGAGGAGCGGUACCUGGCGCGGCUGCGGGACGCCUUCCAGCACCGCUAUGGCCGGAGCCUGCAGGCAGCCGGCCGGCCCCACGCUGCGCCCCACGGCCACCCCCAGCGCGACGCUGCGGCCGCCGAGCACAGCACGAGCGCUGAGGCGGAGUGGCCGGAGACGGGGCGGCUGGCGCUGUACCUGCUGGGGCUGCGGGCCACUUGUCCCCCACCGGAGCCCGGUCCCCAGCGCUCACUGGUGACAUGGCUGAAGUACUACCUGGAGAAGGACUGGGCAGGCUCCCGGCAGCACGGCCACCCCCUCACCAGUUACUACCAGUACAGCCUGGGCGUGCUGGCGCUGUGCGUCCAUGGCAAGCGGGUGCGGGAGGAGGUGAUCCGCCGGCUCCUGGCGGCUGAGCAGCACGGCAGGUUUGGGCACGCCGGUGGCAGCGCCACGGACACGGAGGCGGUGGCGGCACUGGCCUUCACCUGCCUGGAGCGGGAGCGGCUGGUGGGGGCCGGGCUGGCGGCGGAGCUGCGGGCGGCCACGCGCCGGGCGAGGAGGAGGAUGGUCGAGGCGCAGGGCCCGGACGGCUUCUUUGGCAAUGUCUACAGCACCCCGUGGGCCAUGCAGGUCUUCAUCGCCACCAACACGUGCCGGACGCAGCCGGCGUAUGGCCGGGCCAUGGCUGCGCUGCUGGAGAACCUGGAUGCCUUCACCACCGCCGCAACCAUGGCCCAGGCGCUGCCGGCACUGCACGGCCGCUCUUACCUGGACAUCGCCUCCAUGCGCUGCCAGGAGGAGCCAGAUACGCUGACGCCCAUCAGCCCUGAGCCGAUGCCCGAGAUGCCGAUGCCGGGGAACAUGACGGUGCGGCUGGUGGUGGAGUGCCACAAGCCGAGGUGUCCCCAGCACCGGCUCUACAACUGGCCGGUGCCAGCGCCCGCUGGUGCCUCCCUCCUGGAUGUGCUCAGGGCGGCCACCGUGCAGGGACACCACAACUUCACGUUUGACACCCAGGACACCCCCCAGGGCCCCUUUCUGAGCAGGGUGCUGGGGCUGGAGGCCCAGCAGCAGAAGCGGAGCUACUGGCAGCUCCUCACCGCCCCCAGCACCAGCCUGCAGAUGGGUGUCGCCGACUACAGACCCCGCGACGGGGAGACCCUCAUCCUGCGCCUGAGCGAGUGGUAGAAGGCGGGGGGGGACGCGAUGGCAAUGA